UUCAGAUUUCAAGAAAGAGCAGAGGGCGGGAAAAACACCAGCCGGGAAGCCGGUGAAAAUUUGAAAGCGGCGAGACAACAGGCUUUGAGACUCCGCUCCGACCAAGGGUUCCGUCGUCUGCAUUUCUCGAGGUUCUAGCACCGUCCGGUAACUAUUAGACGGAGUGGGCGAGGUGGAAAUGGAGCGGAUUCACGUCACAGUUCGAGCAAGGCCGCUUCCGCUGGACGACGCUAAAUCCAGCCCCUGGAGGAUCUCCGGGAACUCAGUCUUCAUCCCGAACCAUAGCACCAAGUUUGAAUUUGAUCGGGUGUUUGGAGAAGAAUCCAGGACCGAAGAGAUCUACAAAGCGCGUACCAGGGAUAUCGUAACUGCAGCAAUUGGUGGAUUCAAUGGUACGGUGUUUGCUUAUGGUCAAACUAACAGUGGGAAGACACAUACAAUGAGGGGAUCUGCUACUGAACUUGGGGUCAUCCCUCUAGCAGUCCACGAUGUAUUCGACAUAAUAAACGAGCAUGUGGAUCGAGAGUUUCUUUUGCGAAUGUCAUACAUGGAGAUAUAUAAUGAGGACAUAAAUGACUUGCUCGCGCCUGAGCACAGGAAACUGCAAAUUCAUGAAAAUCUUGAGCGUGGGAUCUAUGUUGCUGGUUUGAGAGAAGAAAUUGUUACUUCGCCGCAACAAGUCCUCGACCGCAUGCAAUUUGGAGAAGCACAUAGACAUAUUGGAGAAACAAAUAUGAACGUGUACAGCAGUAGGUCACACACUAUUUUUCGCAUGAUAAUUGAGAGCCGGGAUAGAACCGAGGAUGAAGACAGGGGCAAUGCUUGUGAUGCUGUACGAGUAUCGGUGCUGAACUUGGUCGACCUUGCUGGUUCAGAACGUGCAGCAAAAACUGGAGCUGAAGGCGUUCGACUGAAAGAGGGUUCACAUAUCAAUAAAAGCCUUAUGACACUAGGAACUGUGAUUAAAAAAUUGAGUGAAGGUGCCGAAAGUCAAGGGGGUCAUGUUCCCUAUCGAGACAGCAAACUCACACGGAUUUUGCAACCAGCUCUAGGAGGCAAUGCAAAUACGGCAAUAAUAUGCAACAUCACACUGGCACAGAUUCAUGCUGAUGAAACAAAGAGCAGUCUUCAGUUUGCCAGUAGAGCAUUACGGGUCCAAAAUUGUGCUUGUGUGAACGAGGUCCUAACCGAUGCUGCCUUGUUAAAGCGUCAAAAGAAAGAGAUUGAGGAGCUUCGUGCCAAACUGCAGGGUUCUCACUCCGAGCAUUUUGAAGAGGAGAUUCUCAAUCUUCGAAACACAUUAUUGAAGUCAGAAUUGGAGAGGGAAAGAGUAACUCUUGAACUAGAGGAGGAAAAAAGAGUUCAGGCUGAGCGUGAAAAGCUUUUGCAAGAGCAAGCCAAGAGAAUUGAAAACCUUUCGUCCAUGGUGUUGUAUUCCAGCCGAGAUGAUAACUGCAACCAGCUUAAGAAGGGAAAACGACGGGAUACAUGGUGUCCAAGUAAUUUUUCAAGAGCAAUACUCCAAGAGGUGGAUGCAAAUGCCCAGUCAAGGCUAUCUAGUGUCGAGCCCAUGCCAGUUCGACGUAAUGAGGGACCACUUGUUUCUUUCGAAGAAUUGGUAAGUGAUCAGAAAGGAGCUGAUGACCUCUGUCCGCAACAGGAAGUAGCUAAAGAUAAUGCAGUAGAGGACUGCACUCCACCUGAUCCAUGUUCUCUACUGCAUGUUACCAAUAGGAGGAAGGUGCUUCCAAGAAAGAAAGCCUCUGCUUCAGAGGACCAUGAGUUGAGAGCAGUUCAAGCAGAAUAUGAAGAGUUGCUAGUGGAAUCGGAAACUCAGAGAACUGUGAGCGACGUUAUGAUAGAUUCCUUGAGAAGACAGCUGGUUAACAGUGAUAAUUCUCACGUUAGGAACCAAUGUGACCUCUCCUUUUCUCAUGGCACCGAGACUAUGAAUUGUAAGGACAAAAGUAUAAGUAUAAGGGAGUCAGAGGCCAUUGUUGUGAUCAAACAGCUUCAAGAAAAGAUUGAGAUGUUAGAGAUGGAUAAAGAUUCAAGUCAACAGAAUCUAGACAGUGUUGUCGAGCUGGCAACGGAGCAAAGUCUAUAUGCAAGGGAGAAGUUUGAAGAGCUCUGUCAAGAGCUUGAAAAGGCAAGGGAGGAAGCUAAGGUUGCUCGUGAACAACUUGAAUCUGCUGGACAUGUAGGAGAGAUUAAUAAACAGCUUCAGGUGGAGAUUGAAGAAAUAGUCAGGGAAGUUCAGGAAGCAAAAGACACUGUCCAGAGUACAUUUUCUCUUUUGGACGAGGCGUUGCAGAGUUUCUCAAUGGAAUCCGAUAUGUUCCAUGAGUUGAGGAAUUCAGUGCUCGAGAACAAUGAAAAACAAAAGUUGGUCAUCAGUAAUCAUGCUGAAUUAUGUGGCAGCAUCAGACAUAAGCUCACUGUAGUUGAAAAGGAGAAGCUUCUUUUGUCAAAUAAAUGUUCUGAUCUUGAAAGACGUUUACAAGAAAUGAUGCAGGAUGCUCAAAACCAUGAAGAUGCCUUGACCAAAAUUUCUGAAGAAGCGAACAUUGAAAAGGAAGAAUAUAGGUCAUAUAUUCAGAUCCUUGAAAAGGAAAUACAUCAGUUAUCAUCUUGUGCUUUGGCAAAAGAGAAGGAGAGUUUGAGAAAGGAUCUAGAGAAGGCAAGAACGAAACUGAAAGAAACUGAGUCAAAAUUCAAGAAUGUGAUUCAGGAAAAAACUAAACUGGAGGGAGAGAAAAAGCUUGCUGAGAAAGAGGUCAAACGAUUGCAUGGACAAAAGAGUCUUCUUGAGCGUGACAUUAGCAAGCGUGAUUCAUUUGCUGAUAGAAGGCGGGAUUCAGUUUUCGAUAGGAGCUCAAAGACUUGUGAUACAAGAAAACAGGCAAUGGAGGAUGACUACAGAAAACUUGAAGUUCUUGCAUUUGAGAUGGAGGCAACCAUUGCUUCUCUAGAGGAGGAACUUGCAGAAGUACGAAAAGAGAAAGAGGAGGCAACACAGAGAAGUGAAGGUUUGGCAUCAGACCUGGAAUCUCUAACUGAAAAGUUGUCUGCAUCUGAUGCUGAACUGUGGGCGUUGCAGCAAGAGAUUUUCGAGCUCAGAAUGAAGUUGGAAGCAUGUACCUCUGAACGGCAAGAAACACAAAGCACCAUCGAGGUCUUGAUAAAAGAAAAGGAGGAAUUGGCAAUGCAAUUCAGUGAUUCCCUUCUGGAAAUGGAGGAAGAGAAGGCAAUUUGGUUGUCUAAGGAGAAAGCUUCACUACAAGCCAUCGAAGAGACAGGGAAGUUGCAUAAUGAGGAAAUCUCAGCAUUGUACAAAACGUUGUCAGAAGUACAGGAUGAACUGGAUUCCUGCCGAGAAGAAUGCAAAGUACUCAAGGAAACACUUCUGAGGGAGGAAAAUCGCCAAUUGGAUAAGUGCAGUAAUAAUGCGUCUCAAGAUAAUGAAAGUGAAAGCGAGAGACACGGAAUGCUUCUGAUUGAGCAGUCCGACCCAAGUGUUCCUAACGACGAAAAGAAUCCAACGACUGCAGUCAGAGAUAUUGAUGCUGAUAAAAAACAGCUAAUCGGAGAACUUGAGAAUCUAAAAAACCAGCUAGAUGUUGUUAUGAAAGAGAAGGAGAUGCUGAUGGCUCAAAUGCAAGACUACCAUAAAAAGACAGCCGAAGCAGAAUUCGUGAAACAACAUUAUGACGACAUGUUGAAAGUCGCGAGAGCUCAAAUCGACCAACUCGGUGGAAGCAUAGCUAGCUUGGAAGCCAAGAUGCAGACUGAUUACGUUGCGAACUGCAACGAGAAGGCGAAAUUGAAGAUGAUGGUGAGGGGAACCCAAGCGAAAUCGGAAGCAUUGGGUUUCAGGCUUGGACAAUCAGUCAGGGAGAAUGAUGUAAUGCACAAGAAAUUCAAGGAGGCUUCCAAGGAGCUUAAAGAGAAGCUGGCAACUUGCGGAAUGGAAAAUCUUAACCUCAAGAAGCAGCUUGCUUCUUCGUCAAUCAACUGACCAAAUGCUUAGCUGCUGGAAGCUCGCCUUGUUUUUUGAGAAUAGAUGCAAUGCGACUCGCCAGAUUCAUCAACUAACGUACGAGCAGGGUCUCGCGUGUUGUCAGAGUUGUUAGAGAUGCUGAAGGUGAUAAACCCAGAAUUACAUGAAGGCUAUAGAGUUGUGGGGAAAAUGAACAUCUUGCUUAUACAAUAAGAACCUAUCUAAUAUUCAACAAUGCAAUGCGAUAGAGUUCAGCUGCUUCAACAUGCAAGGAGCAUAAAGAUCACCUUUAACAUUCUAACAUAUCAGAAUUGUGAGAAAGAAAACCCCAAUCUCAAGUGGGGUAAUCUAUGAAGUUCCACAAUGUACAAUAGCUACAAGUCACCUCUACAUUACACUGAACUAAUAAACGAAGAGGGUAGCUAACCAGCAAACUUCACAUUUAGAACUCUCUCUACAUGACAUAGAUUGCAAUUAUGGAAGAAAAAUCUAUCCUUGUCUGCAAGCCCCAGGUACAGAAAAUUCCUCUCUUCUGCCCAUUCCACAUUGGAAAUUGAGAACAAGACUCUUAUGAUGUAAUAAGAAGACCAAGCAAGCCUUUGAAUGUACUAUACCGCGCUCUACUGAAUCCCAAGUGGACCUCUUUAUAGCAAGACUGAUGACAAGGGUUGUUGCCAGUUGCCACAGAAAAGCUUAGAAUGUUCGUCCUGUCGAAAUGUUUUCAGAAUGUGACAUGGGGUGGACUUAUAGACUGCUGUCCACAACCUUAGAUGGAACCAGCAGAUAUCUGUAGGCAGCCUGGUUCAAAGGAUUGCCACUGGAAAAGGCUAAUAAUAAUCACUAUCAACCACCAAAUCUGCAACUGAUGAGCUACUGAUCCCCUUGGUAGUGAUUGAAGAACUCAGUCAUCGAUCUUGGCCGAUUUUCCACAAUGGAGAACAGAACAAAACCACCAUGGACGAACCUAAAAUUAGAAUGUAAGAAGCGGUUACCAGUAAUUACCAAUUAACGGAAGACUGAUGAACAGGGGAAACAUGGAACCCCAUCAGUAGAUCCCAAUUUCAAUCAUCUCCAGUAGGGAACAGAGUGAGAACUUUCCUUCCAGCAUUUCCAUUUGCCGACUCCAAAUCCUCCACAUACCCUGGAACCGGCGCAUUGUGCACCGGCGGUCCCAUUCUAUGCACAGCUUGCUGCUGCGCCGCCGGCCUAGCAAGAAAGGGAUGAUCGAAUUGCCCAUUGGGAGGCGACCCGAAAUGCCCCAUCUGCCUAUGGUACUGACCCUGCAACUGCGGAUGAGCUACGGCCGCUGCGGCAGCCACCGCCAUCUGCUGCUGGUGAUGGUGAUGCUGAAGAGCGCUGACGGGAACAAACGGCAGGAAAUGAUCGGAAUUAGGCGGCCUACCGGGAUGCAAGAAAUGCGCCGGCACAGGGGAACUCGCGAACAAAUGGUCGGUAGCCGCAUCGACACCAACGGUAGACGAACCACCACUCAAUCCCCCGCCACCGCCACCACCGCCGCCGCCGCCGGACGACAGCCCCUGCAUCCGCUUGAGGUAGAGCCGGUACUUCUGCAAAUGACUGGCGACAUUCUCCCUAGUCAACCCGUCCACACUCAUGAGCUGCAUUAUCGUCUUGGGCACCGCGUUCUUGAUCCCCAGGUGCGCGACGGCGUCCACGAACCUCUUGUGCAGCUGCGGCGUCCACACCAGCCUCGGCCGCUUCAGCGUCCGCGCCGGCUCGUCGCCCCCGGUGCCGGACCCCAGCUCCGCCGACGAGUCGGCGGCGAACUCGGACGAGUUGUGCUGCGAAGUCGCCAGAGAAGGAUUCCCGUUGUUGUGGUUGGGAGAAGGCAAGCCGCUGGACGUCGGUAAAGGAGGCGGCGGCGGGGGGACCGGCUGAUUCUGGUGGAGCGAAUUGCUGGCCGCUGCCACCGCCGCAGCAGCGGCGGAGGAGUUGGUGGAAUUCCGGAUGUCGAAGGCGAGGGCGAGAUCGGGAGUGAUUAGGGUUUGAGUGAUUGGCAUGAGCUCGUCAGGGGAAGGAAGCUCCUCUUCCCAUCGAGCGAACCAAUUGGAGUCGUCUUCCCUCAUAGCUCGUGGCUCCCGCUAAUUUAGCUCAGCUCUUCCUUCCUUUCUUCAGUCGAAUCUUCGGCCGCUCUUUCUCUCGUCUCCCUCUCUCUGUGACUGCAGAGUAUGGCGGAGGAGGAGGAGAAUUGGGAUUGGG